AUGCCUGACGCGAUCGAUAUCGCCGCAGAUGAUUUCCGUAUCGAUCGUUUCAGCGGCCGUAAUGAAGGUAUGAUACCCAGCCCUUCGAGCAAGGAGAGAAAACUAUUGAAACCCCACAAUCCUGGAACUUCGCCUGUAAAAAUAUGUCAACCUCCGGUGCGUUCUCCCCUGGUUACACCAACGAAAAGCUACGGUGACAGAUUUAUUCCGAUUCGGAAACCGAACCAAGAGUGGACCACGCGAUACAAUGCCAUAGUUUGUCCUGAACAAGAGUCGCCUGCUAGCUUUAAGCGUCCCACAGCAAACCGUACGCCGACAACGACUGCAAACGUGACCAAUAAUAAUGGCAGCCCUAGUUCACAGUACAAUCAAAACCAGAACACGAACAGUGAAGAAUCGCGACAGGAUCAAAUGGUUGUACGAGCGUUGCUUCGCAAUGAGUUGCUGCAGGAUAGAAUCGACGAUAUACGUUCGUGCUACAAGGAUCUUGAGACAGAGAAGCCACCAAGUAGCCCCGCUGGAGGACUCUUUAGCUACAUCAAGCGAACACCGACUAAAUUAGGGGAUCCUAGCACUUCUCAUAGCUUCGCAUUAUCGCCCUUUUCUGGUCCAUUGAGCGAGGAUAGUCAAAGACUCUUGAAAAGUCCUCGAAAACCACAGAGGAAAGUUCCGAAAAAUCCGUAUAAGGUGCUUGAUGCUCCUGAGCUUCAAGAUGACUUCUAUCUGAAUCUAGUCGAUUGGUCCUCCCAAAAUAUGCUGUCUGUGGGUCUGAACACUUGUGUUUAUUUGUGGAGCGCUUGUAAUAGUCAGGUUGUUAAGCUGUGUGAUUUGGUGAAUGAUCAGGACACCGUGACUUCGGUGCAGUGGGCGGAUAAAGGCGAACUCCUUGCUGUUGGCACAAACCGAGGAAUCACUCAGAUAUGGGAUGUGCAUAGUCAAAAAAUGACCAUGGAGCUGUCUGGUCACACGUCACGCGUUGGGUGCUUGGCUUGGAAUGGCGACCUUGUUUGUUCGGGCAGCCGUGAUCGCCAUAUUAUCCAACGUGAUAUUCGCCAACCUCAUAACACAGAAAAGAAAAUGAGUGCGCAUCGUCAAGAAGUCUGUGGUCUCAAAUGGUCACCUGAUAAGCAGUAUCUCGCAUCCGGUGGAAACGAUAACCAAUUAUUGGUGUGGUCAAUGCGACGCACAGAUCCUAGUCAAACAUUCACUGAACAUAGUGCAGCAGUGAAGGCACUCGCGUGGUCGCCACAUCACCAUGGCCUAUUGGUGUCUGGAGGAGGGACCGCGGAUCGGCACUUGCGAUUCUGGAACACGUUGACCGGUCAGCCAAUGCAAGCUAUCGAUACGGGAACGUGGUCGAAGCAUAGCAGUGAGCUGGUGUCAACUCAUGGUUACUCCCUGAAUCAGGUGAUAAUAUGGAAAUAUCCAAGCCUUCAACCGGUGACGAAGCUCUCUGGUCAUCAGUUCCGUGUUUUGUACUUGGCGAUGUCGCCGGAUGGAGAAUCGAUUGUUACUGGAGCAGGUGAUGAAACACUGCGAUUUUGGCACGUAUUUAGUAAAUCUGGCCAACAAAGGGCAGCUCGAAGCAAGUUAAAUCUCUUCCACAGUUUGCGAUGA